CUUUCACAGCGGGUCACUGACAGACGGACAACUCAGCAACGGAUUGCGGUGUUAAUAACCAUGUCUUUGUACCGUAAUUCGGCGUGGUUCCUCAAAGGACUCAUCGAAUUUACCAAGGGAGCAUUUGAGUCUGCAUCAAAACGCUUUAUAGAAAAAGAUGUAGACAUAUCUGUGGCAGGCCGAUCUUUCUUGAUCACUGGAGCUAACAGUGGCAUUGGCAAAGCAGUGGCCAUGACCAUUGCUAAAAAAGGUGGUACAAUCCACAUGGUAUGCAGAAACAAGGACAAGGCUGAGGAAGUCAGAGCUGAGAUUAUCAAGGAGUCUGGAAAUAAAGAGGUCUAUGUGCACAUCCUGGACCUAUCUGAGACCAGGAAGGUAUGGGAGUUUGCAGAGGCAUUCAAAAAAAAAUACAAAACACUUAAUGUAUUGAUCAAUAAUGCUGGUUCUGUGAUGAUUAAGAGAGAAGUGAAUGCAGAGGGCAUUGAGAAGAGUUUUGCCAGUAACUCACUUGCCAUGUACAUUCUCAUCAAGAGCCUAAUUCCCCUGUUGGAAAAGAGCCCUGACCCCAGAGUGAUCACAGUGACCUCUGGAGGGAUGUUGGUACAGAAACUGCGCACAGGAAAUUUACAGUCCCAGAGAGGCAGAUAUGAUGGCACCAUGGUGUACGCCCAAAACAAGAGGCAGCAAGUGGUGAUGACAGAACAGUUUGCUAAAGCUCACAUCAGCAUCCACUUCUCAGUAAUGCACCCUGGUUGGGUGGACACACCAAUGAUUGCAAAUGCCAUGCCUGACUUCUACCACUCAAUGAAAGAACGUUUGAGAACACCAGAACAGGGGGCUGACACUGUGGUGUGGCUCGCAGUGUCUGAGGCUGCUGUCACAAAUCCCACGGGAAGAUUCUUCCAAGAUCGGAGAAUGGUAUCAACCCAUCUGCCACUGGCUUGGACACACAGUUCCCAACUGGAAGAUGAGAAGUUCAUGAGUGUCAUGGAGGAGAUAGCAAAAGGAUUCCAACCUCACUGAACAAACAGAAACAGGUUAUGAGAACCUGGUCUCUCAAAGAGCACACACAUUUUGGCCAAAUACACACAGUAGUGCCAUUUAAGCAACAUGCACACGCAUUAUGUAGAUUAGAUAAGAAAACAGAGACAGAACUAACGUAUUUAAUACAUCUACAGUUUACCAGGUUAACACAGGGAGACUUUUAUCAUAAAUGUUGGGUUUCCAGCGGGACUUAUUCAUUAUAAAUAUGAAGCCAUUAAUUUCAGGGUGUAAAACAAAUGGUAAAUGUGUAGAAUGUUUUCAGUAAAUAUAUGACAUACAUCCAUUUGCAUUCAUAUUAAAACUUUUGUCCCAGUUGGGAGAUAAUUUGUUGCCUGCCUUUUAUGCCAGCUCAUUGGGCUAACCAUGGGUUUUCAGUUAUACACAGUGAUUAUAGCUGAUCUGGUCAACCAGGUGGGAACCUGCACAGACCCAAAUCACUGUAUCUCAUUCUUUGCCCAGUUACCCAGUGAGUUGGUCUCAGGUGCAUUCUGUCUGAAAAGGUGCAGUCUCAGGCUCUGCAAAAUGUUUCAACAAUGAAGCUUAAUAUGCAAAAUUAGUAAUAUAAAUUUUACUGUUUCACUACAUGUAAUCAGCAAGUAACUUUGAA